CUGCUUGACUGAUAAUUGACAUUGACAAGUGAAACGUCAAGCAGGCGUCCUGGUUAUGUUUACGUUUUUCAUCUGAAAAUAAAUAAUUUUCUUAAAAUAUCCGAAGCAUCCUCAAAUUUUACGGUAUUAUUCCACUGUGAUCAACAAAAGUUUUCUCCAAUAUGUCGAUCGGUGUACCAAUUAAAGUGCUGCACGAAGCAGAGGGUCAUAUUGUAACCUGUGAAACCAUAACCGGCGAAGUUUACCGGGGAAAACUCAUAGAAGCAGAGGAUAAUAUGAAUUGCCAAAUGACACAAAUCACUGUAACUUACAGAGACGGCAGAGUAGCCCAACUAGAAAACGUUUACAUCAGAGGUUCAAAAAUUAGAUUCUUAAUAUUGCCAGAUAUGUUGAAAAAUGCACCUAUGUUUAAGAAACAGACUAAAGCGGGAACUGCUGGUAGAGGGAAGUCUGCGAUACUUCGAGCUCAAGCUCGUGGUAGAGGAAGAGGACAACCUCCACCUAUGAGAGGUAGAGGUGGACCAUGGCAGAAUCAACAAGGUGGUUCAGCAGGUCGAGGCAGAUAAUUUGCUUAGCAGUAUGGUGUAUGCUUUGUGUGUGAAAGUACUUGCAGUGUUUACUAAAAAAAUCUUGGUUAGUAUGUAAGAGUUGUGUAAUGUAAAAACUCUUGAGAAUUCCUGAUUAAUUGGACUUAAUUCUAUGAAUAAAAAACUUUGUUUAUAGUUAUUUUAUAAUUUAAAACCUGAAUGUAUAGC